AUGUCGCUCAAGCUCCUCGUCGCAGUCCUCCCAGCCCUGGCCCUGGCCUGCACCGGGCCCCCGGUCAACGAGAACGGGCUGAAUCUCCUCAAGAGCUUUGAGAAGUUCGAGCCCAACCCCUACGACGACGGCUAUGGCAACCCGACCAUUGGCUACGGCCACCUGUGCCCCGAUGCCAGCUGCUCGGACGUGCCCAACAAGCCGCUGACGGAGGAGAGCGCGAGCCAGCUGUUGGCGAAUGACAUGAAGGGCUUCCAAGACGCCCUCACCAACGCCCUCGCCCAGCCCGUCACCCUGAACGACAACCAGUACGCGGCGCUGGUGUCAUGGACCUACAACAUCGGCAAUGGCAACAUGGCCAAGUCCGACCUGGUCAAGCGCAUGAAUGCCGGCGAGGACGUCGUCAAGGUCGCCAGCGACGAGCUGCCGCAGUGGAACAAGGCUAACGGCCAGGUCUCCAAUGGUCUGGUGCGCCGCCGCAAGGCUGAGCUUGAUCUUUUCAAUGCCCCUGCUAAGUUCGGUGCUCUGCCUGCUCCUUGCUAA